GGAGGGUCGGGCAGCCCCUCCAGGAGGAGGAAAAGCCGCGGGGUCUGCCGGGAGUUGUAGUCUUUGCCCCGCCCACAACAAAGGCCAGCGAGCAGGGCGAGGCGAGGCGAGGGCGCGCUCCCCCCGCAGAGCCCCGAUCCGGCCUCGCCCACCGGCCCGCCCGGGCAGCGGCUCCUCCGGCCGAGCCAAGCUGCUGCCACUGCAGCCAGAGGGGAGGGGUCGCUCCGCCACCUCCGCCUCGCUCGGCGCCCCCCCUCCCCGCCGCGGCCGGGCUGUGCUUCGUCGUCUCUCCGCCGCCGUCUCCUCCUGCCAGGUCCAACAUUUUUUCUUUGCUUUUGGAAAGGAGCUGGUUGCCUUUCUCUUGACAGAGGCUCAGAACCCUUGCCAGAGCUGAUUAAGUCUUGGGCCUUACAAAAUCCUGCAGCUUCUGAGCAGAAAUGAACUGGUUUUAGCAGUGUGGCUGCUGCCUAGUCUGUGAAAUACCAUUCCUGUUGAGAUACGAGAGGCGCCAACUGUCUGAACUUUCUGUAAACUGUUGAAGACAUUUUUGUUCCAACAACCUUUCCCAGCUGGAUGAAUAGGUCUCUGCUACCAUGGGUGUCAACUUGGUAUGAGCGUCUGCACGCGGGCUGUUCAGCAAGAGCCAAUAGCGAUGCAGUGUAGGCCUCAAGGGCCCCAGUGGCUUUGUCGAGAGAGCACGGGGCAGCCACAACCACGUCCUGCGGCAGAGCUUAGUGCUGUGGUGCGCUGACGUCAUGAAAGAGGCUCUUGGGCUCUUCAAGGCUUUCUGGGUGGAGCUGCCAGGUGGCAAGCGCCGUCUCUGUCUGACCUGCCCUCUCUGAUUGUGUAGAUGUUCAGCCGCAGCCAGCUAGUCACCGGAGAGGAGAAGGAGCGAAAAGGCCUGUGGAGCAGGCACUCCUCAGAUGGAGAGAUGGAGGACAACAGCCUGCAGCCCUCCAGCCCAGCCACAGGCUGGUCUGGUCCACGGCACGAGGUUGUGGUGAAGGCAGAGCCGGAGGAGGAGCUGCACAUCGAAUGCCCCCAGGACCCACUGGAGAUGGAGACGGAGGCCCCUUCCGACCCCCCAACAGGGAUCAAGCCGGAGGUGGUUGUUAAGAUGGAGCCAGAGGACGAGGAGUACACGGAAGGCCCCUGGGAGUACAGCGACAAAGAAUCCAGUGACAACGAUGACGACACGGACUCCUCUGACAUCAGACCGGACAUUAUUGUGAAGAUGGAGCCGGAGGAGGAGGAAGAGGAGGGCUUUGGGUGCCCCCCGGGACAGACAGGAACGGGCACUUCCCACAGCCCCCUCCCCGUGGAUGGCCACAUCAAGCCAAGCCGGAGGAGAGUGGAAGCAGCCGCCUUGCAGAGCUCUCCCAGGAGCAAGGGCAGUGCAAGCCAGUGGGCACAGGCUAGCCAGGAGAAGAAGCCGUCUCCUGGAGGAUCCAGUGGCCCUCGGGAGACGUGUUCCCCACCAGCCCCUGGCGCCACCGAGGGAGCCCGGCGUCCCAAAAGCCACGCUGCCACCGACCGGCCUUUCGGCUGCAGCGUGUGCGGGAAGCGGUUCCAGCACCGGGGCAACCUGAUCACCCACCUGCGGGUGCACACGGGGGAGAAGCCCUUCCCUUGCACGGAGUGUGGGAAGAGCUUCAGCCAGAAGGGGGACCUGAUGCGCCACUUGCGCAUCCACACAGGAGAGAAGCCCUUUGAGUGCACCGUCUGCGGCAAGAGCUUCUGCUCCAAGCAGACUUUCAUCCUCCACCAGCGCAUACACACAGGAGAGAAGCCCUACUCCUGCGAGGAGUGUGGCAAGGCCUUCAACCGCAAGGCCAACUUCAUCACGCAUCAGAAGAUCCACCGGGGUGAGCGGCCCUUUGUCUGUGGCGAGUGCGGCAAGGGCUUCUGCGCCAAGAAGACUUUCAUCCUCCACCAGAAGAUCCACGUGGGCGACCGACCCUUCGGCUGCUCGGAGUGUGGCAAGAGCUUCAGCCGCAACGGAGACCUCACACGCCACCAGCGCAUCCACACCGGGGAGCGCCCCUUUGCCUGCGCCGACUGCGGGAAGUGCUUCAGCCACAAUGGGGAGCUGAUCAAGCACCAGCGCAUCCAUACGGGUGAGAAGCCCUUCUCCUGCCUGGAGUGCGGGAAGAGCUUCAACCGCAAGGGCACCCUCAUCACACACCAGCGCAUCCACACAGGCGAGAGGCCCUUUGUGUGUGGCGAGUGUGGCAAGACCUUCAACCUGAAGACCACCCUGAUGAAGCACCGGCGCAUCCACACUGGGGAGCGGCCCUUCACCUGCCUGGAGUGCGGGAAGAGCUUCAAGUACAAAGGGAACCUGCGGACACACCACCUGACACACACAGUGGAGCGGGUGUACCCCUGCACGGAGUGCGGCUCCGUCUUCAGUCAGCGGAAGGAGCUGAAGGCGCACCAGGCGGCUCAUGCUGAGAGCCGGCUUCUCCCCUGCUACGGGGAUGACGGCGAGAACAUGAACCCCUUCCUCCAAAUGCACCCCCUCCUGCUCUCCCGCUCCCCCCUCCAGGUGCCCAUCGAAACGCUGGCGAAACUCAAGCAGGAGGCAGGCUACAAGGACCUCGGACUCGGGGGUGCCGAUCCUUAGUGAUGGAUGGGAGGGAUGAGAGGGCAAAAACAGUGCUUUUUAAAUGUAUCAUUGGGAUGUUGAUUAGAUAGGCAGCUGACGGACCUUCUACCCCGGAGAUCUCCUGCCACAGAUUUGCAAACGUGGAUUGUGGUCCUGAGGAAGCCGUUCCUGCAGGUCUUGCCCCGGCAGAGUGGCAGGUCUCUCUUUUUGGUCUCGCUGCUGUAACGAACAGGAGCAAUUGCAACUGACCUGUUGGGCAGGUUCCAAAUUCUUGGGCAGUUUAUCAAACAAUGCACUUACCCUGUCGGGCCAGUGAGACAGGGCAGUGGGUCGUUGCUAAGGCCAGUGGUUUUAAUGGGGGUGUCGGGGUGGUGGUGGGGGGGGAGAAGAAGGGCGUAUGUUAAUUGGGAUGAUAAAUUUUUACCCUAGUUUAAAGUACAGAUUAGAUUUUAAUUAAUGGAGACACCAGUGAAGACAGUGUGGUCAAAUUUAGCAAUUCUUUUUAUAACUCAAAAUGUUACAAAUGACAGACUUUAAAGGACAAGCAAAGAAUUGGACACACUUCAAAGAAGGGCAACUGUGGAUGUAUCAGACAGUUAAAAUGAUGGCUAUAAGACAGCAGUAGCGUAACAGAGAAAGUAGCAAACGCGCCACCACCCGCACCGCAGUACAGCUUUUAAGGCAGCUGGAAGCAAAUAACCCGACGAUGACUGAAGAGGCAGCGGCUGAGUGUAGCUGCUUGGAUGACGGACUCCGAGGGGCGGAAGAGGACCACUCGUUCUCUCUUUCUUCCUCUCUUGGCUCCAACAUGCAGGUCAGGGGUGGGGUCCCCCAACCCCUGUGGGCCCCUUUGACAAGUGGGUGAGGUUGCCCACCUGUCACAUCACCUGACCUCACUAUGAUGGGAGGGGACACAUUUUCUGUUGCUGUUGAAUUUAAGCUGGUCUGCAAAGAAAAAGAAAUCUUCCUCUCACAGUACUGUUGAAGUCAAACUGCACAGGAAAGGAACCCUUGCGUCCUUUCCCCGUGUGUGGGCAAAGGAAGCGUUUCUUCCAUCAAUCCUCACUUGCCAGGGAGCAAUCCAAAGGGCCCUCUAAGGCUCCUGGUUGUCCAUUUGCACCCAUAUCUUUCACUGCCCCACACCAGAUGCCACAUGUGGGAGGGGGCGUAGUUUGGGGGAAAUGGCCUGUUGGGCCUUAUUUGGCCUGUGGGCCAGAGGUUUCCCAUUGCUGAUUGAGGGUAAGAGGCGGAAGGUGUUGGUCCAAUUGAUGUAGCUGUUGGGUCAGAAAUGGGGCGGACUGGGAACGUCUGAUGAACAUAGGGGGUUCUUCCUGCCUGUAAGACCUUGGCAACAACGCAGUUCAAAUGUCUCCAUAUGUGGUUGACCCGAAGGGAAAAUCCGAAACCUCCCUGGCAAAGAGCGGAAUUGGAUUGGAAUCCAGCCUGGAGUGCCAAGGCCUCCCCACUCCUUCUCCAGAGGGGGUCUCCAGAGGCAUUGUGGGGAUCUAUUGCAUUUGGAUCCUGGCAGGCACCCUAAGUCUUGUAAGUACCCCUGAGAUCCACAUCUUCCUCUGCAGUGGCUGCUUUUGUGGGACUGGCUGUUGUGGGGGCUUGAACCCUGAAGGGGGGUGCAGUGCCUUCAUUGGAGGCAGAACAAAAGCACCCGCCUCUCCCCUGCGAGGAUGGCGAGGGUCCCUGUGGCCUGUCAGAUGAACCGCAGGUCCAGUGACGGCACUUUUUUUGCUUUCUAAUUCGCUCCUCUUGGAGGGAGAUGGAUCCAGUUGCUUCCUGCCAGGCAGCCCACUCUGGCUCGCCCGCUGCCCACCCUCGACCCGUUGGCAGUCCCGGGGGUGGGCAGUGUAUGUUAGUGACACAGAGCAGGUGCACUGCCUGAAGUUGCCUGCAGGGCAGAGACAGACUGGCUGCCAAGCCAUCAUCAUCUCAAGUUCCCCCAGCUGAGCUGAUUCUGUGAUUGCAUGAGCCUUGCACUUGGCAUUGGGGCCCAGGAUCGCCUCAGACAAUCUUGGUGGGUUUUUGUUUUCAAAAAUGCAAGUAGCCAAUUUAUAGCUGUUCAGGCUGUAGCCAUGUAAGGUUGGAAGGAUUUGGUGGGGGGGACACGUGGAGGGCUUCCAGUCUGCAGGAGCUGAGAUUCCAGCGGCCCAUGCCUGGCUCUGGGAUCCCCAUGCAAAUUCACUCCAACUUCUUACCAUUCCGAUGAGUCACAGAAUGUGUGUUACAGACUUCUGUCCCACAAGAUCCCCAGCCAGCCUUGUCAGGGAGGGGACAUAGCUCAGUGGCAGAACCUGAGGCUUUCAUGAGGAAACGUACGCACGCACACAGUGCAGCCCCUGCAGGCAUCUCCAGUUCAAAGGGCCUUUUGAGAGCAACACUGGGAAAGUUUUUCUCUGCUUAAGACCUUGGACUGUCGCUUUUCAAGCAUAAUGGUUCUUAAUGAGCAGGGGUGGGUGCGCUUGAUGGCCUUAUAGGACCCUUCCAACUCUACUAUAAUUCUGUUAAUAAAACUGGAUUUAUAGGCA